UCAAAGUUUCUCAACCAGGUCAUAAAGUCAUUCUCACACACAAUUGUUUGUGUACUAUAAAGACAGAUCAGCUGUCUCUUUGUCAGCGACUAGCACCUUUAAUUCUCACAGGAUGGCACAACCGGACUGGACAUGUAUCUUCCAGAUUAAAGCAAACGAUCUCAAGAAAGGAGACUCUUGGCGUCUGGAGUUUGAUGAAAAUAUUGAGCCUAACAAUCCAAACCGGGGCUGGAAGCAGUACAUCAGGAACACAGGUGCAAGGUUCGAAUGCACCAAGUGUAGAAGAAGCUGGUCUUCAAACCGGGUGAUGGUGGUCUUCCACAUGCGCCUUACGUGUGGGCAGGGCAUUGUCAAGGUGAGGCCCUUCCGUCAGAACUGCAAGACAUGCAGCGCAGCUCCAAUGGAGAAGCCUAGCGUCACCUCUGAGAACAUUAACAUCCUCCUAGAGAAUCUGAUGGAGAAGAUAAGAAUAAAGUGCUACCAUGAAAACCUGGGUCGAAAGAAGAGGACUUUCAGGAGCUUUGAUGUCAAAAGACCCCAUGAGCCUUCUCAUUGUGAGGCCUGUAUUCGAGGCAUCUGUACAAAAAAUUGAGCUUGUGUUACUUUUAAUUAAGCUUUUUAUUAUAAUAAAGAAAUAUAAUGUUUGUCUCAGACUGUCUUGUAUUUAUUCUUGAGGUUCUAUGACUUCAUCAACUCAAGCUCAUGGUAGCUCUAGCUCCCUCUGAUUGAUAUCAAAGAAAAUCCAAGCCUCCCAAUUUGUCAGGUUUUGGCCUUGGAAUGAUCUUCAGCAUAUGCUAAAAAUCAGUAUUCUACUAACCUAUGGACCAUUUAAUAUGAUGAUCACAAACCUUUAUGUUUCAAUAUGUAACUGUUUUAACUGAUUUUUCUUUAUUCUCACCUAUGUUUUGACCUAUUUAUUUUUAACUUGUCUGUUACUCGACAUCUUUGUAAUGGAGGGCAACCUUAAUGGU